AUGAAAGGUUUAACGCUAGCUUGUAUCGCCGCCACAGUCGUAGCCGCAAGUCACGCUAUGACUACAAUCAUAGCACCGAUUGCAGAAAUAUCAACGACUUCGUCACCGUCUACGACCACGAUCAAUCCAUUACUACAGAGCCGUAUAGAUUUUGAAAUUUCCAGAUUGACCCGACGACUGGAAAGGAGAAUUCGUGGUUUACAGGUCGGUUCUGGACGGUUAGAUAGAAGUAUCACAUCAUUACAGAGGGAACUGGAUUUCAACAACGCUGUCCUCGCUCAGUUGCCUGAGUUGAUUAAAAAUAUUAUGAUCAACAAUCCCACCCAACGUCUAAGCUCCCGAACCGUCGCCAGUAUAAUGAGGAGCGUUCAAAACGCAGCUACCAAAGCGAGCAACGAGGAGAGCGCAGAAGUCGAAGAUCGCCGACGACGUGCCAUUUUUGAAGUUACAUCUUCUAUUGUGAUCGUAGAGGGCACUACCGACUCGACAACGACAACCCAAAUACCAGAAGUAACUACACAAGAAGUAGAUACCACAACUGAAAUGGUAACAACCGCUGCACCGGAACAGGAAGUUACGUCGACAGCUACGGAAACCACAACGGAAAUGACGACACAGGGAACAACUCUUCCAUCAUUUUUGGUUUCAAGAAUCAAUUCUGUCGUUUCCAGAAUCGGAAGAUUCUUCCAAAGACGAAUCCAAAGGAUACAAAGAUCUUUGUCUCGACUGAGUAGAUUUAGACCAUUGUACAGUCGCCUUAUUGACGAAAACACCAGUGCAUUGAACAAUCUCCCGCUUCUCGUAAGAGGUUUGGUCACCAGUCCGUUUCAGCGCAGACUUCGCUUGUCGCAAGUAUUCAGAGCUUUACGAUUUCGACUUACCAUCACGACACCAAGCCAACCUGACGUAUCUCCUAUGUCAGUCAGAAAGCGACGACAGGCUGAAAGCGCGGAGGAAGAUGACGACCUGGUCGGGGACAUGGAAGAUUUAAAGGAACUUGAACAAGAGAUCCAAGAAGCUUUAGAAGAGGUUGAAAAAUUGGACGUCUAAAGUUCGUGAAUUUGGGAUAUGCAUGAAUCCUUGCACACUUCCAAGUUUUAACGUGUGACUGUGAAUCCGUCUGUAUAAAUGUGGAUAUAAACUCUAUUUUCAAUUGUGGAUUAAUAGAACUUUUUAUGGUUGUCCUACUUUUCCAGUGCAAAUUUUACCUCGUAGGACUGUCCAUCAUGUUAACUCUGGCUGGUUUUUAAAAACUAAUACCAUCUCAAGCAUAAUAUUGAAUUGAUUUAGUAACUAUGACUUAACUACAAGAUGUAGGAGAAUUUAAGAUUCUUUUAGAGUGAACCUGCAUGAUCUGGUACAAUUUUAUAUAACUCGUGGGAACUUCGCAAGAUGUAGGAGAAUUUAAGAUUCUUUUAGAGUGAACCUGCAUGAUCUGGUACAACUCUUGGAACCUUCAACAUUCAUCGUAAUGUGAUAUAUUUGUGAAUAUAUUUUUUAUUUUGAUUUUGAUUUUUGAUUAUGUAUCUUUUAUCAAAGAUAAUAUUUUUGAUUUUUUUCGUGAAAUCCUUAUUUUUGCUAUUGAUUAUAAUAUUUAUAAUUAUUUUGUCAAUAUUUUUAUUUUUUCUUUAUAAUAAACCAUUUGUUUUUGUCUUCCAUAA